AUGCAUAAAACAAAAAGAUCUUCUGUCAAUAGUAACACAACAAAGAAAUUGAAAGUGGAAGACGAUGAAGUGAAAGAAAAGCAUGCUGAUGAAGAAGACGCUGAUUUGGCCGAAUUUGCCAAUCCUGUUCCAUGGCAGAAAAUAGAGUCAGAGGAACUUGACUGUGACUAUGCUCUUCUAUUCCCCAAAGAGGAGGCUGAUGCCCUCUUUAGAAAGCUGGAGGAGGAAGUAGUGUAUGCAACAGGAGAAGAAGCACAAGUCCAAGUGUUUGGAAAAGUUUACAGUAUCCCAAGAAAACAGGCUACAUAUGGAGAUGCUGGCCUUGCUUACACUUACUCUGGAGUUAAACGUUUAGCUUGCCCCUGGACCCCAACUUUGGAACAUAUAAAGGAAAAGGUCACUAAAACUACUGGACAGACUUUCAACUUUGUGUUGGUGAACAGGUAUAAAGACGGUUUGGACCACAUGGGUGAGCACAGGGAUGAUGAGAAGGAGUUGGAUCCAUUCUGUCCAAUUGCCUCUGUAUCUUUGGGAGCUACACGGGACUUCAUUUUCAGACACAGAGAUGCAAGAGGAAAACACGCCCACCGAAACAUUGACCCAGUGAAGUUGGAGCUUGCUCACGGCAGCUUACUUCUAAUGAACCCACCAACAAACACAUUUUGGUACCACAGUUUACCCAUUCGCAAGAAAGUGACCAAGCCACGCAUUAAUCUUACAUUUAGACGCAUUUUGAUUAGUGGUAAAAAGUGCAUUGCCUAA